AUGCGAGCUGACCACAUGGACGUUGACGGUCUCAAGUCGUUACUAUGGGCCCUCUUAGGUCUACGCAAGCCCUGUAGAUUGAAGCUGGGCUCUGCUAAGCCUAGUAGUGUUUAUACUAUAAUUGGUAAAUGUGGCAAGGACACCAUCGCCUUGAGACAUUCUGUGCAGUCGCGUGACGAGUCCGCAAUAGUGGCAUUUAGUAACGACGACUUUUCAACUUCGGGGCGGCCGAUUUUCGAGGGCCUAACUGGACACGCCUCGUUGUGUACUAACGAAGUGAAGGAAAUCUAUAGUGUGGACAAUACUAAUAAGAUUUAUCGCAUCAGCAAUUCCCAAAUGGUUCCUAUAGAAGCUGACGUGCCAGAGUCGGCCCUAUUGUAUAGGGCUCGUCUGUUGGGCUCUACACUGUACGUUGGUUGUGCUACCAGGGGUAGUAUCAGUAGGAGUCUUACCAAGGUCGAUUUGGACUCUGGAAGGUUCGAGACGGUCCGGCUCGGUGGCGAGGAAGUACAGUUCCUCUAUUCAUUCGACGUUCAGCAUCAUAACGAGAGCGGCUCACUGAGGAGAAUAAAGAUACAAAAUUCCAAUACGGAGAUUUGCUCAUGCGAUGUCGGCCUUCCCGGUGCCUCUCUUGAAUGGGUUGAUGCCCAUUCAAUCAAUGCGCCGAGAUGUGACGAGACCGCCCUGCAGCAUGUGGAACUGAAAAUGACUGAUCGGGAGAUGGGUGAUGUCCAAGAGAAGAAUAGUUGUCUGCUGGCGAUGCCCGAGUACCUUGCGCGCUCUAAGAAGCUAAUUUCAAUGAAUGCUCGUGGUUACUGCAGGGACAUUUCGGUCCUCACUAUGGUGAAGGAUACCUCUCUGUCGAAGCGCCAACUAGUGGAGGUUCUGCAUACAGCCAAGACUAAUAGGGAGAAGAACCGUGCUGCGAAAUUACUGAAAAAGUUCGAUCCCCAGCCACAUUUUGAAUAUGAUGAAGAAGCCACUAAGCAGAAUAUUAGGUUGAAGAAGUCGGAUAGGCUCCUGCAUAGUGUCCUUGCAGUUACAUGUGCUUUCGAUGUGAUCGAGUUCGGCAAUGUCAAGCGAAGUCAGGGCUCAUUCACGACAAGCAAAGGCGUGAAGACGGUUUGCCCUGGCUGUUAUAACAACCUCCUUUCCCAGGCAGAGGUAUCGCAACUCCGUGCACAUCAUCAGAAGUUGGGGCUCACGCCGAAGGUCUUGUGA